UUUCCUCGGCCGCGUGUCUCGACUCGGCGCUUUCUUCUUUCUCUGCCUCCGGGGAGAUCCCUGAGAUAAAACACCAGGCUCUGUCUUUGAGUCAUUGUUUGUCUGGAGUGGAGCAGCUAUCGGUCCUUGUUAUCUAUCGCCAAAACAACGAUUACGCCAUCCAACCGCACAAAAAAGUCCCUUCAUCCAUCCCAUCCUCCGCCUCCCCACGCUGCGUGAACCAUCUUCGGUGGUGUUUUUUCUUCUUUUCCGUAAGGACCUGAAUACUGAUCGCCUCGGAUGAGAGUCGACGCCCAAACCCGCACGCAUUCAUGAAGUCCGCACUCGUCCAACCCUCUGUCUGGUCUGUUCACCGCCCCACGAGCCAUGGCGGAGCACGAUGCCCGACAGCUGCAGCGUCGCUCGUCCUCGCGAACCUCCUCGUCCUCGCGACAUAGCCAGAAGGCGAAGACCGUCCGCGCCAUCUCGCAGAAACGUCUGUCGGCCUCGUCCAACACCACCACCGACCUGACCUCGUUCCCCUCGCUCUCGCCCGACCGCUCGCCCGACGGCUUCCUCGGCCAGCCCGCCUUGAACAGCGCCUUGUCGAACGCGUUGUUGGAUAGCGAUAACGGUGGCGGUGGUGGAGAUGCGGCCAGCGACACGAGUCGAGACCGCAGGGCUACCCUGGCAAAGCUGACCGGUGGGUUCCCGCCGUCCUCGGGUCGGGCUGCUCUGUUUGGGGACUCGGUGCCCAUCCGGGACGUCCCCGGCGCGCUGCAUUUGGCGGACGACGCGCACAUCGAGCGGUUGAUUUCUACCACGGGAGCUGUCAAAUUGGUCCGACAGUUCGCUCGCGACUUGGCGCAGCGUGAUGCCGAGAUCUCGGCGCUGCGGCAGCGGGCCGAUGCGCGCGAGAGGGAGCUGAAGAGGAUGCUUCGGGAGGUCUCGGUCUCGAAUCAAGACAUCGAGCGCCGGCUGUAUGCGCUGGAGAAUGCUCCGAUCAAAUCGGACCAGGAUCAGGCAGACGACGGUAAUCACAUGGAACAGGCGGCCAAUUCUUCUUCUGGCGUCCAUGGGCUAAUGCAGCAAGCCUUGACCGACGGUGUAGGCACGCACACGCACGAGGAAGUCUCGAAUCCCGCGCCGCAGGCCCAGGCCACCAUCCGUCCGCAGCAACGCCUAGAGAGCGACUCCCGAUCGGGUACCUCGAGCGUGGAAUCGGGAACCACUCGCAAGAGACAGAGUUCUCUGCGCAGCUGGCAGGAUUACAUCUUUGGAAGCACGGUUGGCAGCCGCAAGACCAGUCGUGCAAGCAGCAUCAUGAGUGAGGUUGGGGAGAUCGAAGAAGAGAGCCAGCCUCCACGCAAUACUAGCAACCCCGCGUUGGCUCGACGCAAGGCUCUCGACGACCAGCUCUUCCAGCCGCCACCCGAUGGGCAGGUGGCUUCUGUGGCGGGGGAUGGAAAACGGCUGGGCGUGGCUUCGAAUGGCGAUGAUAACAGCGUCCACUCCCGCAAGUCUUCUAAAUCCCUGUCGUCUUGGACACUCAAGCUCUUUGCAGGGAACUCCCAACCGGGCAAGGAGGAGAAUGAUACGGAUAGCGCGCGCACCACCGCCUCGUCAAACACCAGGGAGAGAGGUAAGGCUGAUUCUUCAGCUGGUUCAGUGAACCCCAAAGGAGCGAUGUCGGCGGUGGCGGCCUUGAAACGAAUCAAUAGUAAUACUAGCAUACAUGGUGCGCCGCCGGGACGAUUGGCAAACGGCCCGGGCAGUCUAUCCAGGUCGAAUCAAGUUGCUCGGAGGAGCGCAGCCACCAGCGCCUCGCAUGGAUCCGGCUCGGAGAGUGCCGACAAAAACGCAACCAACCUUGGGCCUGUGGAGAUGGAUGCCAUCCUCCCAAUGGAGUCGCGGCCUCCAACCCUGUCUCACGUGUACAACUACCAGCCUGGCGAGCUUCUGACCGACAGAUUCGGAUUCAUCUACGACCAGCGUCGAAAGAAGAGGCAGAGAGAAGCCGGUUCCAUCAAGAAUGCCAGCAACCGGUUAAGCAUCGCGGAAACUCUCAGCAGUUUUCGAAGCGAAAGCUCGGACGGUGACGACGAGCGCGACUCCGCGAGUAAACCGCCCUCUACCUCGGGAUCUCAACGCUCUCCGGUUUCAGCGUCUCCGGAUGACCCAGAGGCCGGCGGAGUUGCGAUUCGGAGGUGGCAGGAUUACCUGAAGAUCGCCACUGGGCCGGCCGAGUUACUGUCUCACACCCCAUCCGCUGGCCCUAUCGUGUCGUUGACCACCGGUGAACCUUCGCGUAAUUCAGCGGUGAGCGUGGACAAGCGUGGCUCCCUUGCGCUCAAUCAGAAUUUCGAACCGUCGGCAUCUACGUCCACGGUCACGGCGGAUCGUCCCGAAUUCUCCGGCGCGUCGAGUGAGGAGCCUGUCGUGACAGCUUCACCUUCCACGAGGGAGAACGAGCCUGUCAAGCUGCUCCUUGAGCAGCUCACUGAUCUCCAUGACUCCCUACAGCGGGACAGAACAGUUAGAUGGAACGAAUUCCUCCGCAAAGUGCGCGCAGAGCGUCGGAAAGAAGGAGAAGCCGCGGCGGCCGCAGCGGCCGCAGCAGACCGACCACUGCAAUCGGUCCACAUGCCGGAAGCGUCUCUCGCCGAUGGCGAAGUUGUGGGCAUCUCUGGUCUCGGGAACAAGGGCAAGGUUGGCCGUGCAAAGUGGCGGGAGUUCCGGACUCUUGUCCUCGGUGGAAUCCCUGUCGCUCUCCGGGCCAAGAUCUGGUCCGAAUGUAGCGGCGCGUCGUCCAUGCGGAUACCUGGCUACUACGAUGAGCUUGUGAAGGGGACAGACGGCUGCGAUCCUGAUGCGUCGGUUAUCUCGCAAAUCGACAUGGAUAUCAACCGCACUCUGACUGGUAACGUGUUCUUCCGCAAAGGCCCGGGCGUCACGAAACUCAAGGAGGUUCUCCUGGCGUACUCUCGUCGCAACCCGGAAGUCGGAUACUGCCAGGGCAUGAAUCUCAUCGCCGCGUCUUUGCUGCUGAUUACUCCUACUGCUGAGGAUGCGUUUUGGAUCCUGGCAUCGAUGAUUGAGGUCAUUCUACCGCAGCAUUACUACGAUCAUGGCCUUCUUGCAUCUCGAGCUGAUCAAGUGGUGCUGCGGCAGUACAUCUCCCAGGUUCUUCCCAAACUUGCGGCUCAUCUCGAGACACUGGGUGUCGAACUGGAGGCGUUGACAUUCCAAUGGUUCCUAUCCGUCUUCACCGACUGUCUCUCCGCAGAGGCACUCUAUCGUGUCUGGGACGUUGUGCUGUGUCUCAACGUCACUAGUGUCGUGAACAGCAGCACCAAUCCCUCAACCAAUCAAUCCAUCACCGCUCCUCGAGACGCGAACGAGGCCAACGCAUCCGCCGCCAAUGACGUCGCGUCCGGCAGUGGCGGCGGCAGUACAUUCCUCUUCCAAGUCGCGCUGGCCCUCUUGAAGUUAAACGAACAACAGCUCCUCACGACCUGCUCCACCCCGGCGGAAUUAUACACCUACAUCAACCACCAAAUGACCAACCACGCCAUCAGCAUCGACGGCCUGAUCCAAGCCAGCGAGGCACUGCGGAACGUAGUCCGUCGCGAAGACGUGGUGGCACGCAGAACAGACGCGUUACGAGAAAUGCGCGAAUUCGGCGGUGGUCAGGCCAAUGCGGAUUCUGACGACUGA